AUGACAAUUGGGGGUGAGAAAGCAAUGCAAGUAUAGUAUCCAAAAUGAAAAUGGUUGCUUCUCUAUUGUUACCUCUUUUAUGGUUUGUCCUCUAGCACCACCACCACCACCACCACCUCCCUCAUCUUUCUCUCUCUCUGGCUCUUUUCCCUGCACAACACACCAUAGACCGAGCCAGAAAGAAGAAGAAGAAAGAACAAAACCACCCACCCAUCCUCACACUUCACACUCAUCAAUCAUCAUCACCAAUUCAAAACCCAAAAAUCCCCAAAAAAAACCCUUUUUUACAUCACCAUUUUCAAUUUUCAUUCAACCCCUUCAAACCCCAAACCCUAGUUCACAAAUGCCGCAUACCCUUUGAUUCCAUUUCAUCUUCCCUCAAUCGUUCCCAAUUUUUGCAAAUUUUUUCAUGAAUUGGAGUUAGGGUUAGGGAUUUGACUCCAAUGGAAGGGAACACAGACAUGUUCAGAGGUUCUCCAACAUCAUCAUCAUCAUCGUCGUCGUUGAAUUUAUCUUCCAAUUCGAGAAGAUUCGGGUUAUUAUCCGCGUCGAACAUCAUUCAGGCGCCGUUAUCGUUGCUUCUUGAAUAUUCCGGUAUUCUCCCUCCGAGGUCCAACCAGCAUCAGCCGAAUUCCGACGUCGCUGCUGCUCCCAGCGACGGCGAGGUUUCGAUCAGAAUCAUCGGUUCCGCGGAGCACGAUCAUCAGCGCAGGGAAGAGCAGACUCUUUCUGAUGGGGACUUGGCUGUGGGGAAUGACGCUGUAGACCCUUCACAGGGGGGUGAUGCUGACGGCGGCGUUGGCGUUUCGCGGACGGGAAAUGGCGGCGGGAACGCUGAAGCUGGGGGUGGCCGCGGGGAAGGAGCAGGGCCCAAUGGGAGGGAUUCUUCAUACCAGAGAUAUGAUAUUCAGCAUGCAGCUAGGUGGAUUGAGCAGGUCUUGCCCUUUUCUUUGCUUCUCUUGGUUGUCUUCAUCAGGCAGCAUUUGCAAGGGUUUUUUGUUACAAUUUGGAUUGCUGUUGUCCUUUUCAAGUCGAACGACAUUCUGCGGAAACAAACGGCACUGAAGGGAGAGAGGAAAGUACCUGUUUUGAUUGGGUUUUCUGUUGCUUUCGCGCUUCACGUGGUUGGUGUUUAUUGGUGGUAUCAGAAUGAUGAUCUAAUGUAUCCAUUGGUCAUGCUCCCCCCCAAAGAGAUACCACCAUUCUGGCAUGCAAUUUUCAUUAUCAUGGUGAAUGAUACUUUAGUCCGCCAGGCUGCAAUGGUAUUCAAGUGUAUAUUGUUAAUAUAUUACAAGAACAGCAGAGGCCGGAAUUAUCGUAAGCAGGGGCAAAUGUUGACCCUAGUUGAAUACCUGCUUCUGCUUUAUCGGGCCUUGUUACCAGCACCAGUUUGGUAUCGUUUCUUCCUGAAUAAAGAAUAUGGAAGCCUCUUUUCAUCAUUGAUGACAGGAUUGUAUCUAACAUUUAAGCUCACAUCUGUUGUUGAAAAGGUGCAAUCUUUCUUUGCUGCAGUGAAAGCAUUGUCACGUAAAGAAGUGCACUAUGGGGCACAUGCAACAUCAGAGCAGGUCAAUGCAGCUGGUGAUCUUUGUGCUAUCUGUCAGGAGAAGAUGCAUGCCCCAAUCUUGCUCCGUUGUAAACACAUUUUCUGUGAAGACUGUGUAUCUGAGUGGUUUGAGAGGGAAAGGACCUGCCCAUUGUGCAGGGCUUUGGUAAAACCUGCAGAUCUCAGGUCAUUUGGUGAUGGCUCUACUAGUUUGUUUUUCCAGUUAUUCUGAAAUCAUCAAAUCAUACAAAGGCAGGAAGGUUUUUUUUUCCUGCUUUGAAACUUUACUUCGCAAAGCAGCAGUCCUGAUCUAUAUACAUCAACAAGUGUAAAAGUCAGUGGAGGCGUUCAUGGGGACGAUGAAUGCAGCUAAAUAGAAUUGAGCUGGUCAUGUAUUCAUAUUAUGUACUAGUAAGAGGUCAAAAUGUAUGUAUAUGACCCUGUAAACUAGGAAGUUUAUUGAAAAGUAUAAUCAAACGUGACUCUUCAUUUGCAAGGAAUGAAGGUCUCUUUCUCCGAAUUGCAGCGAGUCUGUCAAAUAUUGUGAAUCAAAGUGGUAAUUUUAACUUUAA